CCAAAGGCAGCAUCGAAUCGGAGGCGAUGGCACUGUUUCAUCUGCUUUAAUAAGAGCAGGCCAACUUUAAUCGCUUCCAUCACCGUCUUGUUUACCCUUUUUCUCUCUUUUGCCUUUGUUGCUUCUAUCGAAGGAGAGGAGGAAGGUAAGGCAUGGCGGAUGCCUGCAACUCCCGCAGCCUCUCGUGGCUCGUCAAGCCCUGCCGACCCGAUCCUCGCCGCGAGAUCAUCGCCCAUCCCUCGCUGGAAAUCGUCCACCAUCACCACAACCUCAGGCCGUCAGCCGUCGCCUCCGCGUCUGCGGCAGCCCCGAUCAUGUCGCUCCCGGACGAUCUCCUCUUGGAGUGCCUCUCCAGGGUUCCUUCAUCUUCCCUCCCUGCCCUUCCCCUCGUCUGCCGCCGCUUCUCCCUCCUACUCGACUCCCCUGCCUUCCUCCGCCUCCGCUGCGCUCACGGCCGCCUCCGUCGUACCCUCCACGCCCUAGCGCUCUCCGAUCUCGGCCUUCUCUCCUCCACCUCCCUCCCGGUCGACGCUCCCCUCGCCUCCGCCUGGGCUCCAUCUUCCGCCUCUGCAGUCCUCCCCCUCGAGGCACUCGACGGAUCGUUCUCCUUCUCCCACGCCCGCGUCGCCGCCGUCGGCCGCUCAAUCUACAUCAUUGGCCGCGGCGCCACUCUCCGCUACGACACGUGGACGGGUGCGGUUGCCCCUCGGGCCCCGACCAUUUUUCCUCGCAAGAAAUUCGCCGCCGCCGCGAUUGGCGGCAAGAUCUACGUGGCCGGAGGCGUCGCCCGUGCUUCAGCGGUCGAGGAGUACGACCCGACGGCCGACGCGUGGCGGGUGGUGGCGGAGGCUCCGAGGCAGCGGUAUGGCUGCGUGGGCGCCGUCGCCGGAGGGGUGUUCUACAUUGCCGGAGGACUGCGCGUCGGUGGCGUCGGAGGGGAGGGCGGGAGGCUGGACGCGCACGUGUGCGCGGGGUCGAUGGACGCCUACAACGUGGAGGCAGGGGCGUGGGUUAGGGGGCGGCCGGGCGCGGGGACGGUGGCGGGUGCGGCGGCAGCAGUGCCGGGAGGCGGGUGCGUUGUCGGGGCUUGCGGGACGGGGGUGCACGUGUACGUGGUCGCGAGCCACGCGGUGGAGCUGUCGUUCUGGCGGUGGGAAGCGAGGGCUCGAAGAAGCGGCGGCGGCGAGUGGGCGCGAUUGGAGCCGCCUCCGAUAUCGGCUCGGGCGGGUCUCGGCGGGGCUUUGCGCUUUAGCUGCGCCGCAGUAGGGGAGGAGAAGGUGGUGGCGCUCGUCCAUGUCUCGGUCGGGUGCGGCGGUGGGGGGAGGAGGGGUUCGGACGCCGUCGCGGUGGAGGGGGCGGUGCUGGUGUACGACAUCAAGGGCGGCGAGUGGACCCGCGGGCCGGACCUCCCUCCGGGGCUUCGACGAGCGGCCGUUGCUUGCGUCGAGUUCUGAUCACCGCCAUGUGGGCCAAGGUGCUUAUUUUUUAGGUGGUGUGGGACCUCUGCUUUUGUUAAAAGAUAUUUGAAAAUUGAAGGACGGAAAAUAAAAAAAGAAGAAAAUUAAAAAUUAGAACAAAAGACUGACACUUUUUAGAAGAAGCAGCACUUUUAGAUUCCUUUAUAAAUUCUUACAAAAAGAGGAAGCACUUGUGGAUUUCUUUAUAAUUAUUAUCAUCUGUAUGUGUAUUUUUAU